AUGAAUGAGGAUAAUGAAGUGAUUGAAGAGGAAAAUGCUGGAUAUUAUUUUAACCCCGAUCAACAAGAAGGAUGGUAUAACUACGCUAGGCUUCAAACUUUAAACUCAAGUGAAGAAGAGGAUAACUUCGAUAAACAUCAAGAAGCUGCAUCAUUUUCCUCGCAAAUAGCACCUGGAUUCAUUAGGAAGAUGGACAAAAGCAAGUUUGAAGUCAGAUUUCCGCUUACGAAGCAAAGAUCAGGGCAUAAUGAAGUCAUUGAAAAAAAGGAAGGCAAUCCAACCUUUCCAUUUUCGAAGGAGAUUGCAAUAUGCAGCAAUUGGUGA